GGAUGCUCGGCCAGAUGACCUCGGCCAUGGACAACAUCGCGGCCCUCGGGGAGCUCACGCGCGCGGGCAAUGCUCUGGCGCAAACCCAGCAGCAGCCCACGCCGCCCGCGGCCAACGUCGGGCCGCCCCCAGCCGCGAGCCCCGCGACACCGGGCGGCCCGACCAACUCGGAGCCGGCUCGGGAGCUCGUCGGCGCCCUCACCGAGGUGCUUCGCUCCAUCUCUCCCGGCGACUCCAGGCCACAGACGAUCACUCGCCUCCGCGACCUCGUGGGCAGCACAACCCCUACUUCCACAGCGACCGCGGCAGGUUCUACCACAGGUGCCACGCCAUCUUCCAACCCGCUGGCCGCAAACCCGAUCAUCCAGCAGCUGCAGAACAACGCGGCGACGCCCCAGAGCACGGUGGGAACCCACGGCCAGCAAAUCAGCGCCAUCAAUGCGACGCUUGCGGGGG